GCACGUACCCGCCACAGCACAAACGACCCUGUAAUUAAACAGAGGUCUCAGCUCUUCGUUCCUUCCACCAAACUCCCUCUUUCCUUUCCCUUCCUUUUACUUGCAUUUACUUCAUCUCGACCCGACCAUCAGUUUACCCCUUCGUCUGCGUAUAAACUUGCUUCGCUCGCUAUGCCGUCGUUCACUACCUUCCUCAAAGCCGCGCUUCUGGCGUUCUCGAUCGCCGCAAACGCCCAGGGUACACCUGGAACUCUCGGAUUCGCAUUGGGAAUCCACAAGAUAAAUGACGAAACCUGCAAAACCACCGAAGACUUCGUCGCGGACCUCAAGUUGAUCAAGGAGAAGACCGGGUCUUCCGUCGUGCGCAUCUACACCACGUCGCAAUGCGAGGCGUUCAAGACGUUGAUGCCGGCGCUCAAGGAGACGGGAUCCACGGCUGUCGUAGGCCUCUGGGCUACCCCCCCGGAUCACUUCCUUAAGGAAAUCGCCGCCCUUACCGGGGAUCUGAAGGAGUACGCCGACCAGGUCGUCGGUAUCACCGUCGGCUCCGAGCAUCUGUACCGCAAGGAAUUGACGGGUCAGGAGUUGGCGGACUUGAUCAAGAAGGUCCAGGGUGAGGUUAAGACGUUGGGACUCGACACACCUGUGGGAUUCGCCGACAGCUGGAACUUGAUGGCCGAUGGCUCUGCGAACCCUGCUAUCAAACAGAGCGACAUCAUCCUCGCCAACGCCUUUUCCUACUGGCAAGGCAGCAAGAUCACCAAUUCCACCCAGAUGCUCUUCGACGACAUCAUGCAGGCUCUGCAGCACGUCCAGGACGUCAAGGGCACCAUCGAUAUUCCCUUCUGGGUCGGCGAGACCAACUGGCCGACCGGCGGCAAGAACUUCGAAGACGCUGUUCCCAACAAGGACAACGCCGAGACCUACUGGUACAGUGCUGUCUGCGGCAUGCUCGGAUGGGGUGUCAACACCUUCGUCUUCGAGGCUUUCGAUGAGCCCUGGAAGCCUGCCGAGAAGAACAACGACGUCGAACAGCACUGGGGUGUUAUGACGGUCGACGGAGAGCCCAAGUGGGACCUGGUUUGCCCUAAGCCCAGUAACUAAGAAUGUGUUUGAAGUGGGGGAAGAUCUCUGUCUCUAAGUGGGUCGCAUAAUUGGUGUUUUGUUCCUUUCGUGGCAUGGAGAUCGUUUUGAAGCAAUACGCAUUCGUUUAUCGUCAUGUAUUUGGAAAGGGAAGCGGGAUGGUGAUGUGAUCUGAAACGGCGUCUGGGGCGGAGGUGCAAACAAGCUCAAAUUCAUGGUGAUCAUCAAAGUACAUGAGAGGUCUAGAUAUGCUUUCACGUUUCUAGCUGAACUAAAUG